UGUACUCGGGUGGUUCAGGAGCGCUUUGUUUUGAUCUUGAAGCCUUUUAAAACGAUGAUAGUGAUGAUUACAGUGGUUAUGAUGACAUUUCUCCCGUCAACUGGAUAUCAUUAGUAAGUUAGUAGUCAUGGUGAUUACUGAGCCAUAAUUUGGAUGUGCAGACGCCCAGUUUAGCUGCUCCGGAGUCUCGGAACAGGAGGAGCUAAUCAUCGAGAAACUUCCAACCGAACAGUCCCAUCAAAGAUGGACAGUCGGGCUGAUUUACAGAAGACUGUCUACACCAGGAAGGGGGAGAAAUUUGAGAUAGCCGACGAGGAGAGAAAAGGAGGCGACUCUGCGAGAUCAGAUAUUCAUGUGGGAAUGAGGGCUGGCGGAAGGCGGACAGGGAGUUUAUUAUGGGAAGCGUGCAAAGGAGAACAAACAUGACAGUCGUGGCGUGUUCAGGAGUGAAGAGGCGAGGCAAGGACCAUAAUCACCCCCAGACCACAGACAGUAAGGAUGAAAAGGAUACUUCAAUGACCUCCUUUGGCAUGGCUGUGCGAGGCCUCCCUCUGGCCUUAGCAUCCAUGACUCAAACUGCUACCUCUGACACACGCUUCCACCCAAAAUGGCGAGCGAUCGCCGUGGCGACCCUGUUCGCGUUAGUGCUCAUGUUAUAUUUGCACGGGACUGUAGAGGACUGGGAGCGUCCAACCAAAGGUUACUACCGGAACAGGGUUCACAGCUUUCAAAUGCUCGAUGAGGGUGAGGAUGACUUAUUCAGGGACACCAAUAGACAAAUUGCACGAAAGCCCGGCCGCCAGCAGAGGAGGGAAAAACCGUACAAUCACACAUAUCCUUUGAGUCCACCUGAGAAGACGCUGCACGGCACCCGUUACCGCAUAGGAGUGAUUGCAGACUUGGACAAGGCGUCAAAGAGCUCGAAGGAUCAGACGUGGUUCAGCUACAUGAAAAGAGGUCACCUGACUGUUUCAGCCUCCGGCGACAGACUGGAAGUGGAAUGGGAUGCGGAGACGGUCACCCUGGAGAGCCAUCUGGCUGAGAAAGGACGAGGUAUGGAGCUAUCUGAGCUGGUAGCAUUCAAUGGUCACCUGUACACUGUGGACGACCGUACAGGUGUGGUGUACAGGAUUGAGGGCAACCAGGCAGUUCCUUGGGUUAUAUUACCUGAUGGUGAUGGCUCAGUCUCCAAAGGUUUCAAGGCAGAGUGGCUUGCAGUAAAGGAUGAGCACCUGUUUGUUGGAGGCCUGGGGAAGGAAUGGACAACGACUUCUGGGGACGUCAUCAACAACAAUCCCGAGUGGGUAAAAGUUGUUGGCGUCAGUGGAGAGGUGGAGCAUCAAAACUGGGUGCCUCACUACAACGCCCUACGGAGUGCAGCGGGGAUCAAACCACCAGGCUACCUUAUCCACGAAUCAGCAGCUUGGAGUGAGCGUCUCCAGCGGUGGUUCUUCCUCCCUCGCCGUGCCAGUCACGAGCGUUAUGAAGAGACGGCAGAUGAGCGACGUGCCACCAACCUCCUCUUGUCCUGCCCUGCAGACUUCCGCUCCGUCAGCGUGCAGCGCGUCGGACCGCUCAACCUCACACGCGGCUUCUCCUCUUUUAAAUUUGUCCCAGACACAGAUGAUCAAAUCAUCCUAGCAAUAAAAUCAGAGGAGGAUGCAGGCAAGAUUUCCACCUACAUCAUUGCGUUUACACUAGGCGGCCAGGUGCUGCUGCCUGAGACAAAGAUAGGAGAUGUAAAAUAUGAAGGGCUAGAGUUUAUUUGAAAGAGGCAGUGCUGAAUCUGCAGCGUUCCUGUGCAAUAUGAUGUGACCAAAUUCAGACAUUAUAUAACUACGAUUAUUGAGAGACACAAGAAAAGAUAAAAGGGAAACCCUGAAGCAUAGCUGUGUGUCGCCAACCACGGACUGGCUGACUGAUGCAGCCAAAAAACAAAUGUUUUAAAGGCAUUACUACUUAAUUUCAGCACUGCUACAUUGCUGUCUAAACCUCCUGGUUUGACACUACUGAGUCUGUUAAACACCAGAUAAGAUGUAGAUCUCCUUUCCUGCAGCCGAACUCUGCUGGUCAGACACUCACGGAAAUGAGACGAAAGAGCGUUUAAAAAAAUAAAAGUUAAUGUUCAUACAUUACUUGAAAUAUUUAAGGUCACUUGUUGCUUUGGAUUUUAUUUAUCUGUUUGGACACACUGAGGUUUUGUCAUAAUAGAAAUGGAACAGGCCCAAACAUGUUCACUUGUUUUAUAUCGGCUGUUCUGUAAAUGAUAAGUUAUUCUAGGUAAGUCUAGAGGGGUGUACUAUGCAGCAAAAUUAAGCAGGUAGUGAGCUAUGUUGAGUUUAGAGUCAAAGUUUUCAGAUCUUCUCUUUUACUUUUGUUUGAGAUCAUUAUGCUGAAUGUAAUCUGGGCUUUACAGACCAGCAUGCUUUACUCACUUGUUCUCCCAUGACAUACUCUAAGAGUGAUACGUUCCCGUCUGAGGGGAUACAUUUUUAUAUAGAACCUGUUCAGGCACUGCUGAUCAACAGUGCAGUAAAGUUACUGUGGCACAAACUGUGUCAACUUAGUGAUGCAGAAAAUGCAUAAAUAGGUGUUUUUCUUUGGUCUUACUUUGUUACUGAGUCUAGUUUACACUGUCGGUAUGACAUCCUGAUAGAAGACCAAUCAGAGAAUCGAUUAGUCUGUAAUUAUUAAAUAGAAUAUUCACUUAAGAAAAUCAAUUAUUCACUUUAAUUCAGUCCAAAGCCUGAGACCCAUAUUGUCUUCAUUAUGAGGAACUCUCAGACUCGAAUGCAGUUUGAAUGUUUAAAUGGAUCCAGUUUAAAAGCUAUAAUACGCAGCUGUCAUAUUAGAAAUAAACCCCAGUAUGAAGUUUGCACUGCAUGGAAAAAUAGCCUAAUAUUUUGUAUGUUCUUUAUAUCACUUCAUGACCCAUUUCUGCUGAUUGGCACUCCAUCGGUUUAUGUUGUGCAGAAGAGAGUCAAAGGACAUCAAAUGCCCCCCUUUCAUGUGAGUGAGCACAGAGCCUGAAGCAAAAGGCCUAAAGCUGCUUUCACACAGUUUUCAGAUCUUCCAGCAGGAUGUCACUCUGAUUUCUUUACUUCAUAUCAUUGUUACUGCUUUAGUAGACCUGUAGACUUAUUGUUUGGAUUGAAAUGUAUAAGGCCUUUAAUCAUGUGGUCUAGUUACCAACAGGUGUACAGUUCUGUAUACACACACACACACACUAUAACCUCUUCUUUGAUUUUCUGUUAGCCAAUCAGAACACAACCAAUGGAUUCCUGGUUUCUUUUGGCUGGUUGGUGGUCAGGCCAUACAUUUUUUUAAAAUUUUGACAGUGGUGCCAGCAAGAGAUCUUGCACUCCACAUGUGCUUUGCUCACUGCAGCUACAAACUGUUGUUGUUGCUGCACAAACCAUUGAAAAUAAUGGUUUUCAGAUCAGAGGGGUACUGUCCACAUGUUCUGUGUGUAAGCUUGUCAGAGCACGCUCUCUCUCUCACACACACGCACACACCUGUUCAUUGUCACUGAAGGUUUUGUCAAACCAGCUUAUGCAAAGAAAGCCUGGCUAAAGCAAACUUGCUUCCUAUUACACCCCUCAGCUUAAAUGUUGCCUCACAUGUGUCGAGUAAUUAUGAUAAGCUUCUCAAGCCAGAGAACAUGUGAAUCACCAGCUGUUUAAUGUAACCAUAAUUAAUCAUUAAUAUAUUCCCUGUAUCCUCUGAAAAGAUAUUAAAAUUUCUUCUCCUUUAAA